UGGCUGGGUUUUCCAAAGGGCUGGGACCAGCCGUAGGGAGCGAGGAGGAGGCCGACCGCAUCCUGCGCUUGGGGCAAAAGGGAGUUGCGGCUGGUCAGGGAUCUAGAUCCACCCCGUGCAAUCUCAUGCGCUCAGCUAAUCCCCGCGGGAUGGAGCAGCCCUCGCCCCCCUGGCUGCGGAGGUUCGACAGGCCUUCCCGCCUCCUCCUCCACACGCUGACGUCUGGGCCGUCUGGGGCACUGGCGGCUUGCCGAGCCCUCCCGCGUGUCCAGUCUCGCAGCCCGCCAGGGGAGGCCUUCCACUGGAGGACCUUCAUAGCCACCUUGUGCACUGAGGAUCUGGUGCUGGAGGGGCCUGCGGAGGCCCUUGCCUUGAAGCCGCUGCUGCUGCUGCUGCCCGUGCUGUGUCAGAGAAAUCUCUUCUCGCUGCUGCACAUGGUGCAGUCCACCGUGCCGAAGGACUGUCUCGGCCAGCUGCUUCAGGCCGUCGGACAGGAUCCCAGUCCAGACCUCUGGGUGCGGGCGCUGGCAGAUCUGCUUGAGCAGGGGCUGACAGAAGAGAGACGCUGCUCAACUCCAGUUCCCCUGACUGCCGCAUGCCAGCAGCAACUGAAGCAUUUUUGCCAGAAAAUCACGGGUACUGCUCAGCAGAAACCAGAGCAGGAGAGGAAACUAAACUGGUGCAUCAGCAAGCCCCCAGGCUCUGAGGUAGGGCCUGCUGGGGUCCCAGACUCGGCAUCGCAAGUCAAGAAGCGCAAGAAAGGAGCCGAGGAAAGUCUGGAGCCCAAGGGGGAGAGGCAGAGGAAAAAAGCACGCUUGGAUGAGGUUGGAUUUGAAUUGGGACAAAGCAGCUUCCAGAGAGGAGCUGAUGCUGCUGGUGCUGGGGAUGAGAUCGUGAGAGAGGUCUUGGGGCACGAGCCUGCUCAGAGCCAGAGAUCCCAGCAGGAUGCUGGUACUGAGAUGAGAGAUGCCAGUCAGAGUUUGCAGCAGGAUGCGGCGGGGGAAGUGGGAGAUGCCAGCCUGGAUUCCCGGAAGGAUUCGGCAGCAAAAGUCCCUGACUCCCUCCAGAUGCAUGUGCCAAGGCUUAAGAUGCUGCUGGAGAAGGAGUCUAGUCAAUCUGAGAGGGCUGCCCUGCCUGCCCUGCAGAUCCUGAAUGAAUGCAGCCCCUGCCAGCUGGAAGGACUUUGCUCAUUGCUUCAGCUCUCACAGUGCCCAGAGCCUGUCCUCAUGCGCUUCUGCACCUGGCUGCUGGCUCUCACGCCUGUGCUCAGUUACACCAAUGCAGCAGUACUGACAAGGCAGCUCUUCCUCCAGCGGGUUCUUUCGCUCGCCCAGCCCGCCUCACGCCAUCUCAUGGCUGCCCUGACUUCAUUCUGCUCCAAAUAUCCUCGGCCUUUCUGCUGCGCCUUGAUUGCUCCAGUCCUGCAGGCUCCAGGGGAAGGCUCUGAGCGGAUGAAGCUCCUGUGUGAGGUGAUAGAGGACUGCCUAGAGCCAGAGUACAUGAGGCUGGUGCUAAGCCAGCUGCUGGAGAUGUCUUGGUCAGAAGAGCUCAUCACAGUUGUGCUUGGGGUGCUGGGAAGGCAGGUGGAGCUACCCCCUGAGCUCUUCAACCGCCUGGUCCUGAAUCUGUGCCGGAUGGCCCAGGAGUUUGCCACAUCAAUGAAUUAUGCCAAGUUGCUGAUGACUGUGCUGACCGUGUAUGCAAGCAACGUUACUCCAACCCAUCGGAGCCAUUUGGCUAGUGUUCUGGAUCUCAAUAGAACAGCCCUAAAGAAAUCUCUGCAGGUAGCACUGGAACAAGUGGCUCCCAGAUGAAAAAAGCAAGUCAGAUUCCCGUAUUUCCUGAGGAUGGAACAGCCUCCUGGGUCUCUGAUCUGGGUCUGCACCAGUAGAAGGGACAGCAGGCCACGAAAGGGAAUAUGCAAGAAGACGGUUCUGCCCUCCUGUGUUUCUUGACCAGGGCUUGUGGAAAUGGCUGGAGAUUACCCUGAGAAGCUACCAUGGAUGCAGACGGGAGCUGCACUGAAGGACUGGCUUUAACUAUUACUCGGCCGACAUGCAGGUUCCUUGUCCAUUAAGAGUUUUUUAGCUUUUUCAUCCUCUUCAAAAUGAAGGUGGAGACUUGGAGAACAGGCCUCGAGAAGUAAUAUUGGAUUUGUGUGUGCAGAAUGCCCAUCAGGCAGAAGUAUUUACGUCUACUGAACAGCUCUGCUAACAGGCAGCCUUGGCUACCUUGCAUGUGCCCUUAAAGAAGUCUGUGUGUGAAGAUCCCAAAGCUAAUGGAUAAUUAAUUCUAGAGGAACCUACAAGGUAACGUUUCCUGUGAAUGCUCAGUUUGUCCCAGGUACCAGUGCAUUCCACUUAGCUUGUGCUCUUGCAUAAAAACUCUUGUUGCCUGGUAGCCAUACUCCAUUUGGAUCAUCAGAAGAUGAGGCCUUACGUGGCUGAGCACUGAGCUGGAUGAAUGAGCUCUCUUGGGCAAGGUGAAAGAAGUCUGAAUGGAAUAACUUUCUCUCCCCUGCAAUUUGAAUUGGACCAGAUGAAGCCAGACUACGAAUAAGGGGCACCAUAAAUCUCAUGCAAGCUUUGUCUGAAAUGUUCAACCCAGUUUUGUAAAUCAGUGGUUUUGAUCAAGAGACCCCAAGCUUCUCUGAACUGCAGAUAACUGGGUUAUUCCAUAACUACAAGUUAGAGCAUGAUUGGUUUACAUCUUUUGCUUCUCCUUUUUUAAUGAAAUGUUUCUAAGGGGGAUAUGAACACUUAGUUUGAAGAUAUCGAAGGAGAGUUUCAUGCUCUGCUGUUUCAGUGAAAGACCCAGUUUGUGAGCUGAAGGCGCUCACCCGGGGUUUUGUUUAUUUCCAAAUUGCUAUAAAAGUCUCACUAAAGGCUUUGUCUGUACUGCAUCCAUCUAAAACCUGAAGGAGAAUACGCUUUUGUUCUUUCUCCUUGGAUGCAUUGUCUUGGUAACCACAAUACAAUAAACAAAUAACCCAUAUAUAUCCUC